AUGGCGGUGUUCCUCGGGAUCAGAACGGUGGUCACCGUGCCGCCGGCGGUCUCCAGAGUCCAGACCCAGGGAAAGCGGCGUCACGGCGCGCACCUGCACCUUCCCCUCCUCCCCGCUCGGGAUGGCGGCCUGGACGGCGGCGCCGUACGCCGCGGCCUCGUCAGGCACUGUGGUGGCAAAGUAGUAACCACUGCCAGGUCUGUUUUUAAGCAUCCCUUGAGUUCAUUAAUACGGUUAAUUAUAUUAAUAUUGCAUCUCUCUUCCUUUUUUUGUCGAAGCCAAUCAACUGCGUUGAGGGAGGCUCCUCUCCUCCUCUCGAACUCUCGAGUCCAGCUACAGUUGAGAGGAGGCGAAAAAAGCGGCGCGGUCGCCGCCGGCGGAGGCGGUGGUCUCCUCUGCCUCCGAUGGCCCCUAUGGCAUCUGGAGGUGGCGGAGACGGCUGUCCUCUCGCCGGCUGGUGGUGGUAGUCCUAGUUUAGGGUCUCCUAGGUCUAGGGUUUGGUCUCCGGCGUCGUCGUCGAGGCGGUGGCGGCGGUGCCGCGUCGUCAGAAUAAGGUCAUCCCGAGGUCGUCCCCGUCUCGGCGGUGCUCCUCUCCGGCACCGACGGCGAGCUCGUGGAGGUUGGGCUUCCUUUGUGAGGUCCGUGUACAGGAGUCCAGCGCCUGAGCUUCUUCGUCUUCGUCGUCGGCGUGGCGAGGUGUGUUCCGGCCUUUUUAUCCAAGGUUGCAGAGGCAAUUGGGGUGUGCAGGUUGGUGGGAGGGCGGAUCCAGCUCGAGGUCCCUGCGGUGGUCUUGGUUGCCGUCGGCGAGCACAGAUCCGUGCCGGUUGGAGCUUGGGGCGCUGCCCCGGCCGACGGUGCGUUCAGCUCUUGCUCAUCUCGAGCUCCGGCUUCGGGUGUCUUCUCCGGCUCAAGUUAAAGCCUGCGUGCGAUGGAGCUCCCUCCGGUUUGGGUUUGAAGGAGACGGCCGGGUCUGCGGGCGGCGGCGGCGUCAGCCUCCGGCGUCGGUGGAAUCGGCCUCACGAAGCUUCAGGUCCAGGGACUUGUUUGGAUUUUCAGUUCUUUCUAGGGGCCUGUUCGCUUUUUGUAUGGGACAGCUGUUCUCUGUAUCCUUGUACGGUGUAUCUAUACGUGUACUCGUAUGUACUCCUUAACCUUUAAAUAUAGGUCCGCUUUAUCAAAAAAAAAGCCAAUCAACUGCAAAAACACUUGAAAACUUGACUUUUGCAAGGCAGGUACCUUCCGUUGUUACAGUUAGGGAAUACCUUAUAUGAAGUUCUAUCUAUUCUUACCUCGUGUCGAUAGGUUCUUUCUAAUCUGAGGUAGAGAUUUGAUUCCUGCUGGUAGGCUGGUAACGUUUCAACCGAAAGGAGAACAGAAUUAAUAGGUUUCUGAAUUCUGUGUAAUGCAUAGUACAUUAUUGUACAAGUGUGGCCCAAUUUAUUGAGGCCCAUGCUUACGAAAGUUGCCUAUCCUUUUCCAUUAGAGAACUGAAGGGAAUUAUCAGUAAAGAUAAGGCUCUAUCAUAGUUUAAUGCUGCAAAUGGUACCUGCUGCAUGAGAAUCAAACUAUAAAACUGGGGUGGCCCAAAUCUCUCCACCUACAUUAGGGAAUCUGAUCUCACUAUCCUAACAGCUAUAAAUAAAUGGUUCAGAAAGGACAAAAACCCAUGAUAUGCCGACAAUCUUUUGUGCUAGCCAUUCUUUUAUCACCACUUGUUGAUUUAUCCCUGGAGUAGAUUCUUGCUCUUUCUAUCUGUUGCAAUGCCCUCUUUCCUUGAUCCAAGUGUUUAUCCUCUUUCUAAUUUUGGCAAAAAAAUGCCUGUCCCGAUACUUAAACUAAUGGAGUUACAGAAAAGAUAUACUUUAGACUAAUGAUUGUAUCAUUUGUUGGGCAUAGCUAGCACGAAAGACUUCUAGACUUCUCAAUGCUAUAAACAAACACUGUGUGAGACAGUGUGCCUCCAUUGUAGUACUACUCAAGUACAAAAUCAUCCAUCUGAUGGUUCCACUUCCACUACGGUAUUAUGUUCCCUUUUAUCCCCUCUUUUUCCUAUUCUAGAGUUCUGUCAAAUGUUAUCCACCAAACAUGAGAUUGACCGACCAGUUUUAGACUGUAUAUAUGCAAAAUGCUUCUGGAAAUGUUCCUGAAAAAGGAAAACAUUUUCAAACUUGCUUUUCUGUUGAGUUAAUCGUCUGUUAUUCUCUUGAUAGAUGAUCAAACUGUAGUAUUAUGACACUUACACGGCAAUGAUUAGACCAAAAGUGAAAGCUGUAACUAGAUGAGUCUCCAUCAAGUCAUACCUAUGCCAGAUGUAGUUAUUAACCCCUUUAAAGAAAACAUUACAGAAAUGCUUAAGACAACUUAUUUUAUAGUAAUGAUUUGCUUACUAUAAACAACAGUGCUGAUCUCAUUGCCAUUCUGACAUCAUGGUUUAUUAAUAGUAGUACUCCAUUUGUCAGUAGUUUACGGCAUGUACACAUCUCUAGGCUUUCUUGGAACUUUAAGAUUGGCAUUAUAAAACUACUCUUGUCAAAUGGUUGAAUGAUGAUUGUCAUUGAGAUCUGAGAGUGAGAGGUUUCUGCUUUUGUUUGCCUUAGCUCCUGACCCUGCUUUUCGCAGUCUUGGUGGCAACUUAAAAGUAGCCAUGUUUCAAGUUCCAACUUCAAGUUCUAUACUCUCAAAGAAAGAGGGGACUCUUCCAAGUUCCAAAAACCAUUGGGCUUUGCUAAUGCACAGAACUCAUCCAAAAAAUUUCCAGGGACUCCACAACAAUUUGGCAAGAUACUAUUUAUUUUCUCUGAGCAUUCAGAAACCUUAUCACGUGCCAGUUUUCUUACAAUUCAAUUGCAACAAUCAGAUGAGACAUGAGUUAAACCAGACAAAGAGAUGGGUUUUUCAGCUGCAUCAAUCCAAAGGCAAAAAGGUGAGGUUGAUUUGAGAUGAUAGAUGCUGAAUGGCUGGUUGGUUGCAUAGAUAAGUCACAUUUAUAUACGUCGGUUUUGAAAUUUUCAUCCAGUAAACAAUGGACAGUUCCACUGAAGCUAGGAUUAGAGCACUGGAGCAGGUGAUGGGGAUUGAACACUCAUCAGGUUUUAUUUUGGGUACUGGAUUUUAUUUUUCACCAUCAUGGGUGGUGGAGUAGCGUCAGAUAAGCUUCCGGUUUUCACUUUCAUGCGUAUGUUCAUCUGCUGCCCGACUUCUGCUCAAUCCUGAUUUUUGGUGCUGUCUAUUUGCUCAACAGUCUCAUGAAAGGAAAAUUUCUAUAUAGAGUAAUUUUCGGGAUGCGAAGGCCCAUUGUGAUUUGACCUCCUGAGAGGAAUGUGAAUAAAGGAGAAAAGAUGACAAUGAAGGUCUCAUGUUCGAAGUCACUGUCCAUCAGAGCUGCUUUUUGAUAAAAUAUGAAGUGGGGAUUUUCUCAGUAACAAUCCACGUGAUGUUACCCUGAGCAGAAAAUUCAGAUCAGCAUCAGAAACCAGAUUUCAAAUAUUUGCUGGACCCAAUUGCGACAUCCAGGAGGCAGUUGGUGCUUCCAAGGAGGCAGUUUGUGGUCCUGGUGAAAAACCGUUUGUGGUCCUGGCUCACCAACAGUACUACUCUAUUUCAGCACAGAUGAUCCCCAGGACGGCCCUCUUUUUAUCUUUGGAUGCCAUCAUCAAUCAUCUAAACUUGCCACAUCUGGAUGCUUUUGCUGGCUCUGAGAUCUUCAGCUCACUGGCCAACCACAAUUCCACAAGACUGUUUUAGCCCCUCCUUGGCUCCAGGCAGCAUGCACACGGCUUUGAAUGUGUGGUGGCAUUUGGAAGUUGGAAGGGAAAGCUAUAGCUUAGAUCUGCAAUGGGAACAGUACCUCAAGUACUAUUCCCAGCUUUAGUAGUGUUAGGUAUCGAAUAAUCAGGUUGCUUCGCUUUAUUUUGAAUAUUCCCUUCCUUUUAUCUCUCGCCUUUCCAUGACUAUGGUGGUAUUUAGAACUGUGAUAUCAUGAUCCGCAAGUU